AUGCAGGGAACUAAGCUUAGAGGUCCCAUCGUAGCAUGUGCGCUCUUGGGAGUAGUUUGUGUUUCCUCAAUCGCAUAUUACUUCUACAACAGAAGAAAAAAAAGGUCGCUUUUGGACCGCUUGAAGCAGGCGUACACGGGUGAUCACGGGUUCUUCGAUAAUGAUGAUUCGCUGGAACAAGAGGAAUCCUACGACCUCCCAGAGCCUUCUGAAUACUCUGAUUAUCUGAUAGUUCAGGCCACUAACCAAGAUAAUCAGCUAACAGCCACAUCUUUGGAUAAAGGCUCAAAAUACGAUGACUUCGAAGAGGUGGCGUACAUCGAGGACGUUUCCGACGAGGGGAGGUCCAACAAGGGGUACAAGAUACUCGCAAACAAGGCGGUUUCAAAGUCGAGGCCAAAUGCGCCAAACCACACACAGGAGGCUGACCGUUCAAAUAGAUCAUCGGAUAACACUAAGAAGGAAACUUCGGAUGAAUGGACACUUAUUGAUGACUACACAAACAUAGACGGCAGUGCGGAGGAGCUGGUCUACGUGGAGAGCACUAAUAAUACUUUUUCAGAGGAAGUGGACGUUCAGAAAGACAAAUCUGUUCCACUAGCGUGUGAAGAGAUUGUGGUCAGUUCUGAAAACGUCGACUGCUGUAACAGCAGUUGCGGCACUGAUGAAUGCUGCCAUACUAAUCCUCUUGACAAUUGUAACAGUGAAAAUGGACUUAUCGAGGAGGCAUUGUCCACUGAUCCAGUUGAUACCAAGGUACCUGAAGAUCCAAUUGAAGAGGUGCCUGAACAACUAGUUGACAAUGAGGUGACUGAAGAGUCUGUUGAUACCAAGGUGCCAGAACAACUAGUUGAUGACAAUGAGGUACCCGAAGAACUAGUUGAUGACAACGAGGUACCUGAAGAGCCUGUUGAUAUUAAGCUACCUGAACAACUAGUUGAUGACAACGAGGUACCUGAAGACGAGUCACCUGAGCAACUAGGUGAUAUUGAGGUGCCUGUAGAAUCAGUUGAUGAAGAGUUGCCUGGAGAAAUCCUUGAUGUCGACUUAUUUGUAGAGCAAGUUGAUGGAGAGUUACUUGGAGAAAUCCUUGGUACCAACUUAUUAGUAGAGCAAGUUGAUGUAGAGGUACCCGAAGAGCAAGUUGAUACCAAGGUGCCUGUAGAACAGGUUGACAACGAGUUAGUUGAAGAGGCACCCGAAGAGAUAGUUGAUAACAAGGUCCCUGCAGAACCGGUUGUUAUCAAGUUAGCCGAAGAGCCAGUUGAUGAAGAGGCAGGGGAGGAGGCAGAAGUGUUGUCAGAUAACAGCAUGGAUCAGUUGUAUGAUGCGAGUACACCAGAGUUGACGAAGAUUUACUUUAAAAACUUUGGAUGCAGCCACAACAUAUCGGACGGAGAGUAUAUGCUAGGGCUGCUGGUGGAGUACGGAUACAAGAUAGUCGAUACCAUGGAAAAGAGCCACCUCGUUAUCAUCAACAGCUGCACAGUAAAGGGGCCGAGCGAGGAGGCCAUGGUAACCAUGAUAAAGUCGGCGGUUAUGUCGUACCUGCCAGUCGUAGUGUCAGGGUGCGUGCCACAGGCGGACCAGAACAACCCGGUGUUCAACAACCCGCUGAUAUCACUCCUGGGGAUUACGCAGAUCGACAGAAUCGUGGAGGUGGUCGAGAACAGUUUGCAGGGAAAUAAAAUGGUGUUGCUGGAAAAGAAGGAUUUGCCGCGGUUGGAUCUGCCGAAGAUAAGGAGGAACAAGCUGAUAGAGAUCAUUCCACUCUCGACGGGGUGUCUGGGCUCGUGCACAUUCUGUAAAACGAAGCACUCGAGAGGGGUGCUGGGAAGCUACGAUAUCGAGAUCAUUCUCGAUAGAGUUGAGAGCUGCGUCAACGAGGGAGUUAAGGAGAUAUGGCUAACCUCGGAGGAUUUGGGCGCAUACGGAAUUGACAUUGGGACGAACCUGGUAACACUGCUGAGGUCGAUAGUACAAGUGCUGCCUCAGGGCACAAUGCUGAGGCUGGGAAUGUCGAAUCCACCUUUUAUAAAGAAGUACAUCGAUGAGAUAUGCGAGAUUCUGCUCCACGAUAACGUGUACGAGUUCAUACACAUCCCAGUGCAGAGUUUCAGCAACUCGGUGCUGAAGAAGAUGAACAGGGAGUACAAGGUGGAGGAGUUUUUGCACUUGGUGAAGACGAUAAGGACGAAGGUGCCCAACUGCAUGAUAGCGACUGACGUCAUAUCAGGCUUUCCAACGGAAAAGCCAGAGCACCACAUGGCCACGAGGAAUAUGCUGGAGGAGCUGAAGCUGCCGGUAGUGAACAUAUCACAGUACUACGCACGCAAAGGUACAAUCGCUUGUAAGAUGAAACAGAUUCCGAGCAAGGUGCGCAAAGGCAGGACCAGAGACAUAACGAACGUGUUCAUGUCGUACGAGACGAACUCGAAGUACAAGGGCCAGGUGAUCAAGGUGUACUUCAACCAGAUCAACUGCCACUAUCAGCUGAUAGGACACGACAAGCACUACGUGAAGGUGAUGUUGGUGCACCUCACGGAUAAGUACUUUGGCACUGUGCAAUACGUCAAGGUAGUCAAAACUACUAAGUGGCACCUUGAGGGGAUCAUCGUGUAA